GAUAACAUGCUCUUUCCUAUGUAAAUUCCAAACCCAUGUUCUUUUCUCUUCAAAAUAAUCUGUGAAUACCGGUUUUGUUGUUGGAAAAAUCCUCCUACCGGCUCUCUCUCUCAUAAUGAACCUUUGUAAGGUGAUGAAAAGAAGGCAACAGCAGGUUCCAGUCAUCAAUUCACUUCCACAAGAGCUGGUUGUGGAUAUUAUUGCUUCUGUUGCUGCUUCUUCAUUAUCUGAUCUUUGUAAUGUGAAAUUAACUUGCAAGGAAUUCCAUGAAGCUGCAAGGGAUGAUUAUGUUUUUCAGCGGGCGUCGAUCGAAGCACUGCCCACAAUCGAAUGGAGAACAUCUUCCCAAGCUUCCUUAUUCUUAAAGCAAUGCGAAGCUAGCGGGAAUCCAGAUGCUGUUUACAAGCGAGGGAUGAUAGAGUAUUUCUCUAGAGCCCACAUCCAACUGGGCAUCAAUUUUUUGAAGAGAGCGGCAAAUUCAGGCCAUUUGGAAUCGACAUAUGUGUUGGGAAUUAUUUUGUACAGUAAUGAAUCCUCACAAGAAGAAGGAAUGGAACUCUUGAAAAAGGUGAAGAGUACCAAUGAUGGUGGGAUUGAUAAAUGCCUGAUGAGAUCCAUGAAGGUUCUACGGGAAAUGUGGAUUAACAAUACCAUUCCUUUGCCAGAAUCAAAAUGUGUUGAUCCGACUUGUAGAAAUAGAAGGAUGCAUGUUGUUCCCAAUGUUAUAGAUCACUCAUGGGGCAAUCAAUGCAAAGAGCCGAGUUUUUGUUCCCAAACAUGCAACUGGGAUCACGAGCUCAAUAAAUUUUGUAAUUUUUUAAGAGGUGUUUAGUUACAACUGUAUUGGUUUAUACAUAUAUAAUGUUGUAUUCGAGUUUUGUAUGUUAUUUGACAAAUUCAUAAUUCAAAGUUGAAAGUUUAUUGAUAAUGGAAUGUAUCUAAUUUCAAGAGUUAAAUAGAGUGCAAAAUUUGCA